UUUACAAUGCGACAUCUGUCGGCGAUUGUUAAAUCUCACACUCAGUAAACUCUCAACAAAGUUACUCUAGUUAUGUUUCAGUUUUUGCCACGAUCACAAGUAGAAAGAAAAAGACAGAAGAUAACUUUUCGGAGAGUUUAAUGUACUUGGUAUUUAUUUUUACUCAAAAUAGUAAAUAAUGAUAAUAUUAGUAUGGAAGUUUCUGUCAGUUUAUUUCGCUAUUGCUGAUUGACUAUAACUUAAAACAGCUGAUCUAAUAUAACUUUGACAUUCGUUUUAUUAAGGAGUUUAGUGUUACAUUUUAAAUAAUUAAUUCAUUUUUUUUGGCAUGUUUGGUAAUUUUAUAAUAUCGAAAAGGUCAAUUUUUUAUUUUAAUUAUUUAUUAACGACAUUAAAUUUGUUUAUUAAUUAAACCGGUUUUUUGCCAUCAUGGCAAGCUCGAUAUUAAAUUCGGGCAGUGGCUAUAAUUUUAAAGUUGUUCUACUUGGUGAAGGUUGUGUAGGUAAAACUUCUGUAGCUCUCAGAUAUGUUGAAGAUAAAUUUAAUGACAAACAUUUAACAACUGUUCAGGCUUCAUUUCUUAAUAAAAAAUUAAAUAUUAACUCUAAAAGAGUAAACCUCGCAAUAUGGGACACUGCCGGCCAAGAAAAAUUUCAUGCUCUAGGACCAAUAUAUUAUAGAAUGUCAAAUGGAGCCAUAUUAGUGUAUGAUAUUACUGACGAAGACACAUUUCAAAAAGUGAAGAGUUGGGUUAAAGAACUGAAAAAAAUGCUCGGAGACGAUGUAUGUCUAGCAAUCGCUGGAAAUAAAGUAGAUCUUGAGAAAGAUCGUAAUGUUUCUAUCGAAAAAGCUGAAGAAUAUGCAAAACAAGUUGGCGCAGUGCAUUUUCAUACUUCUGCAAAGCAGAAUAGAAAUAUUGAAGAAAUGUUUUUAGAUUUAACGAAGAGAAUGAUGGCCCAUGCAGAUGAAAUUGAACAAAAAAAAUCUAGUCUAAGUCAAGUUAACAGUAAUAGAAGAAAUGUUGUUGUUGUUGAAGAUGAUGUAGAACAAACUCAGUCUACUAGAUCAUCUUGUUGUGGAGGCUCGACACAUCAUUAAUAAUUUUUUUUUUUUUUUUUUUU